AUGACCGUUAAAUACAAUCAAAUUAUGGGAAUGUCAUCUAGAACACAAGAUAUAUCUGGUCUUUUUUUGGAUCCAGACACCGAACGGUUUAGUGCGACAGUUGGUACACUAGAACUAAAAUAUGUUAAAGAGUUAAAAUAG